CCCGGCCCCGCCGCCGCCCCGCAGCCCCACAGCCCCGGCCGCGCCCAGCCCGGUGAGGACAGCACCAGGAGGCGGCCCCGAGCGCGGCCACAAAGACCCCCGGCAGCGUCUCUCCGCGGACCGGUUCCACUUUAACUCCAUCAUGUCCUUCGGCAGAGACAUGGAGCUGGAGCACUUUGACGAGCGGGAUAAGGCUCAGAGAUACAGCAGAGGGUCGCGGGUGAACGGGCUGCCCAGCCCAACGCACAGCGCUCACUGCAGCUUCUACCGAACCCGCACACUGCAGACCCUCAGCUCUGAGAAGAAGGCCAAGAAAGUUCGUUUCUAUCGAAACGGAGAUAGAUACUUCAAAGGGAUUGUGUAUGCCAUCUCCCCAGACCGCUUCCGAUCUUUUGAGGCCCUGCUGGCUGAUUUGACCCGAACUCUAUCGGAUAACGUGAAUUUGCCCCAGGGAGUGAGGACGAUCUACACCAUCGAUGGGCUCAAGAAGAUUUCCAGCCUGGACCAAUUAGUGGAAGGAGAGAGCUAUGUGUGUGGGUCAAUAGAGCCCUUCAAGAAACUGGAGUACACCAAGAACGUGAAUCCCAACUGGUCCGUGAAUGUCAAGACCACCUCGGCUUCCCGGGCAGUGUCUUCACUGGCCACUGCCAAAGGGAGCCCAUCAGAGGUGCGGGAGAAUAAGGAUUUCAUCCGGCCCAAGCUGGUCACCAUCAUCCGAAGUGGGGUGAAGCCACGGAAAGCUGUCAGGAUUCUGCUGAACAAGAAAACCGCUCAUUCCUUUGAGCAGGUUCUCACUGACAUCACCGAUGCCAUCAAGCUGGACUCGGGAGUGGUGAAACGCCUGUACACCCUGGACGGGAAACAGGUGAUGUGCCUUCAGGACUUUUUUGGUGACGAUGACAUUUUUAUUGCAUGUGGACCGGAGAAGUUCCGUUACCAGGAUGAUUUCUUGCUAGAUGAAAGUGAAUGUCGAGUGGUGAAGUCCACUUCCUACACCAAAAUAGCUUCAUCAUCCCGCAGGAGCACCACCAAGAGCCCAGGACCUUCCAGGCGCAGCAAAUCCCCUGCCUCAACCAGCUCAGUUAAUGGAACCCCUGGUAGUCAGCUGUCUACUCCACGCUCGGGCAAGUCGCCAAGCCCAUCACCCACCAGCCCGGGAAGCCUGCGGAAGCAGAGGAGCUCUCAACAUGGAGGCUCCUCUACUUCCCUGGCAUCCACCAAAGUCUGCAGCUCAAUGGACGAGAACGAUGGACCUGGAGAAGGUGAAGUGUCGGAGGAAGGCUUCCAGAUUCCAGCCACAAUAACAGAACGAUACAAAGUCGGAAGGACAAUAGGGGAUGGAAAUUUUGCUGUUGUCAAGGAAUGUGUAGAAAGGUCAACGGCUAGGGAGUAUGCUCUGAAAAUCAUCAAGAAAAGCAAAUGUCGAGGCAAAGAGCACAUGAUCCAGAACGAGGUGUCUAUUUUAAGAAGAGUGAAACAUCCCAAUAUUGUUCUUCUAAUCGAAGAGAUGGAUGUGCCAACAGAACUGUAUCUUGUCAUGGAGUUAGUAAAGGGAGGAGACCUCUUUGACGCCAUUACUUCAACCAACAAAUACACGGAGCGAGACGCCAGCGGGAUGCUAUACAACCUGGCCAGCGCCAUCAAGUACCUGCAUAGCCUGAACAUCGUGCACCGGGACAUCAAGCCAGAGAACCUCCUGGUAUACGAACACCAAGACGGCAGCAAAUCGCUGAAGCUGGGUGACUUUGGACUGGCCACCAUUGUAGACGGCCCCCUGUACACGGUCUGUGGCACCCCAACAUACGUGGCUCCAGAAAUCAUCGCUGAAACUGGAUAUGGCCUCAAGGUGGACAUCUGGGCAGCUGGUGUAAUCACUUACAUCCUGCUGUGCGGUUUCCCUCCGUUCCGUGGAAGCGGUGAUGACCAGGAGGUGCUUUUCGAUCAGAUUUUGAUGGGGCAAGUGGACUUUCCCUCUCCAUACUGGGAUAACGUUUCUGAUUCGGCGAAGGAGCUCAUCACCAUGAUGCUGUUGGUCGAUGUCGAUCAGCGAUUUUCAGCUGUGCAGGUCUUGGAGCACCCCUGGGUUAACGAUGACGGCCUCCCUGAAAAUGAACAUCAGCUGUCAGUAGCUGGAAAGAUAAAGAAGCAUUUCAACACAGGCCCCAAGCCGAACAGCACGGCAGCUGGAGUUUCUGUCAUAGCAACCACCGCUCUUGAUAAGGAGAGGCAGGUUUUCCGACGAAGACGCAACCAGGAUGUGAGGAGCCGGUACAAGGCCCAGCCAGCUCCGUCUGAACUCAACUCGGAAUCAGAAGACUACUCCCCGAGCUCAUCUGAGACUGUUCGCUCCCCAAACUCGCCCUUUUAAUAAGACCCUUUUACUCGAAGUCCUAGCUUAACCCUUUGAGACUCUGAGGUUGUUUUCCAAAUUUAUGUGAAACAGUUUCAUCUGCUCUAUCUAGCACUCAGUGCUUGAAUGGCAGAACAGAAAGUGUGUUUUCUGGUAUCUUUGUAGUGAUUUCUCUUUGCUGAACGAGAUGACCACAUGGUGUUUGCGAAGAUGGCAACUUGCUGCUAAUAGGGUCCUCAAAGGGUUAAGGCUAAUUUGCAACUUUUUUAAACAUAGAAGCAAUGAAUGUGUUCGUCAGUCAAACUAGGAUCUGCAGUAUUGUAAUAUCGCACGUUAACCCUCUGAGUGCAUAGGAUUUUAUGGAGAACCCCUGGGGAAGUUUUCAGGCCUUUGGAUGUAUACACACACGCUUCUUGAUUUUGCUGCAGAUCAAGGAUGUUCUUAGAUGCUGAGAUGUCCAGACAAGAAGGACAUCUAGAACGAUAGCUCGCUUGUCGUUUUUUUGUGGGUUUAGAAUCUAGCAGGCUUAUAACUUAGACAUAAGACCUCUCUUCUUCACAAAUCCCAUUUUGAAAGGGACUUUUUUCACUAGAGGUAUGACUGUCCGCGGCCGCGAGUCCUGCAUCCCGAGUGGAGGCGACUGGGUCUGUGGCCAACGGCCUGACCCAGGAAAGAGCUGGCGCCCCCUCCCCCACAUCGCCUCCACAUGAAGAUGGGCUGACGACGCCCCAGAAAUGCUGCUUCCACAUCAGUUGCUGCUAGUGACAGCGCAGACCCUCGGAAGUCACCAUACUUUGUCUUGUGCGUGGUGAGUGAGGGUCUGCCUGCUCAGUAUGAGACAUCUAUAGAAAACAACAACAACAACAACAACAACUGGGGGAAAAGAGCAAUAAAUUGCCAGGUGCUCUAUAGGGCUGGGAUUUCAAACAGAAAGAGGAAACAAGAUCCUGUUCCUUUUCUCACCUGCUUUUUGCGCACUGCAGUCUUCAGCGUGAAAUCCAUGUAGAGUACAGAGGGGUGCUGGGGCACAGGGAACUAGAGGCAAGUGCUUUGCAAGGUGACUGAGGAGAAAGCGCAAGGGAAGGCACACUCCAGAAUGUUCUAAAAGUGGGUUUUAAGGAAAUAAACCAUCGGUAAGAGAAUUACAUGUGCACCUUUAGAUUACUUAUGUACAACCUCCCCGGAAGAACAGGAUGGAAGACCUAGAAGAUGCCCCUGAGAAUAAAACUUAUGUUCCCUAAGAUGACCUUUUGAUAUGACUGCCUUUAGCUGUCCAGAGAGACAUGUUUUUCUCCCUUUGGGCCAAGUCCUGUCUGAGACCCGUGUUUUCACUCCUGUUACCAAACCUUCCUGCCUAGUCCUGAAUCCCCAGUGAAUUUCUUCUGGAAUGGUGUCCCAUUUCAGAAAGAGGGCCUGUCGCCUCCAGUGUGUCCUGCUGGGCUUAGAGAAGAGGCUGGUCGUGACGUCUUGGAGACAAGGUCCGACCCAAAUGUCCUGCUAAGGUUUGCUCAGUUCUCUGACCCAGGAGACAACCAGUGAGUGAUGUCUCAUGAAAUUUGCAUCUGGACAGCCGAACAGCACUCACGGUCUCUGUUUUAAAUAUACUUAGGUAUCUGACAGUCUUCAAAUUUGUAUAGUCAGGUCUUUAUUUUUGAAUACAUGUUGGUCUUUAAUCACUGUUUUUCACUCUUCAACUCAUAAACUUUGGUCUCUAUCAAUACACAUUUUAAAAAUCCCGACAUCUCAUGGCUUUUGCGACAGAGUUUCCCUGGUUUUUUGUUUUGUGUGUGUGUGUGUGUGUGUGUGUUUUUUUUUUUUUUGCUCUUCCACAUUUUGGUUUGUCCUUUUGGUCUGUGUUGUCCUGACAUGUAAACAGUAGAUCAUUUAUUCAGAGGUUUCCUCGUUUCAGAGAGUUCUGUAAUGGUAGCACAUAACAUCAUGAAGUAGCACAAAUCAGCUGGGUUUUUUGGCGGGAGGGGGAGGGCAGAACACCAAGAAGGGGGUUGGUGUGUAGUUAGAUUUCAUGUUGGUAAAACACCUUGAACCAGUCAGAAAUUACUGCUUUCUCUAGAACUACGAAGCAAAGCACUGUUCUAAGACUAAGGAGUGGCUCUGUCGCUUGGCCUCAACUUUAAAUGUGUGACUACAAAGAAUCCUAUGGGCAGAGACCUACCUGCCAGUAGCUUGUCACUUUCCUUUCUUUUCGCCGAAUUACUGUCUUUCCUGUGGGCAUUACGUACAUUGCUACAGCAUCUAUGUACCGAACUUCUAGUGCACAGCUCAGGCCUUUUUCCAUCUGAGUCUAGGGGGACCGCGGACCCUGUAAAGUUGGGGAGUGUUUCCCAGCACACCGCAGAGGGACAUUCAGCAUGGGAUCCCAGCGUAUCGUAUCGCUGUAGAAUUUGAGUGAUCUGUGCUGAAUAAACAGUGGAAUGUGACCUGUCAAGUAGAAAUAUUGAGUAAUCAGAUGGAAUGCAAUCUUUAGCAUGAAGCUAUUGAGAUUCUGAAUGUCAGAGAUGUACUCAGAGGGUUAACAGACAAGCACAAGGCAUGCUGAUUACAUUGGUGUAUCCAGACUGCUCUGCUUUUUAGCCAGUGCUUUCUAAUUUUUUUCACAACAUUCUUGGGAUAGUUCAAGUUUGAAAUAAUUAAGUGGUGGUGUUCUUUAAGGAAUUUCUAUAACCAAAUUGAUCUUAUUUUUUAUUUCACUUUAUCAUAGAAUAAAUUAUGUACCAUUAUGGCAGUGUAUCUCUGUAACUAUCGAUUUCAUCAUUGCCACAGUGUUUCCAUAUUUUUUUUCCUAAGUAUUUAAUAUAGCUCUUAUGGUGGUGGCCUGGUGAUGGGGACUGUCUUUCCUUUAUUGAUACAUGACCAACCAGAUGGUAUUUUCAAGGGAAUUUUUAGAUUCAUCAUUUCAGUUGGAUAGUAGACUUACUAAAGAAGAACUCCUUCAUGACUUGCAUCGUGUAAAUCAUCUCUGUAGAUGAGAACUGUUCUUAUUGAUGAACACAUUUUUUUCUCGGCAUUGUAGCAGAAAUCAUUUUCUUCGUCAUAAUCGAUGAAUAUGCGAUUUGCUCCACAUCAUUAGAAGGAAAACUAAGGUUUCAGUCACUGAAAAUGUUUUUACCGUAGCCCCCAUCUAACUUACACGUGGUGCAUAUAAAAAUAAGCAGAGAAAACAAAAUACAAAUAAACUGCUGAAAACACUUGGUGUUUUGUAUUCAGUGAGCCCCUCCUGCAACGCUUAGCACCCCCGUGGGUGGUGGUUAACAGGCCCGUCAGAUAUUGUUGAAAGAAAGCAAUAUAUCCAUGAAUGAAGGCUAAAAUUGCAAUCCUUUACCCUUUGAGGCAUAUUUCAGUUGGAAAAAAAAAAAAAGAAGAAGAAGAAAAAUUGGUUUAGCUUAGAGGGUCAUGGAGCUACCCUAUGACCAAGGCUCGUGCACAUUAAAUCACCAUUGUUUGCUGGCCAGCGGUACCCAUUAGACAGCUCUGUUCCCUGCGCUGAACUGCGAUUGUGCUUGAGGGACAGCUUUCCUAAUGUUAUUGUGUUGCCUGCCAGCCCUUCUCAGGGUAAGGAUCUGUCAGCAUUUCCAUGAUAAACUUCUGUUUUCAAAGGUUUUUAAUUUGACCAUAAAAAGGUGCCCCGGGCUGAAGUUUGCUAUAUAGGGCCUGUACCAAAGAGUGUGAAGGUUCACUUCCUUCUCUUUUCUGCCCAAUUCUCCCUAGAAAAGGGCAGCAGCACAACAAAUUUGGUGUGUCCCCUUCUUCACUGUAAUUGCGGAACUGUGGAAAGCACCAAGAUCCAAGGUGGUAGUUUCAGUGUAAUGAUUCAUUUGGAUGUGGGUUUGAAAAAAAACACGAGUGAGUCACCUGGCAUAUACUGUAGAUAGCAUAUCUUUUCUAUAAUUUGUAAAUUGUUAAUUUUUUAAACUGCUACAUGAUCUUUUCUUUUCUUUUCUUUUUUUUGUCCAAAGAUCUUUAAGAAACUUGAAGUUGGUCAUUUCAAAGGUUAGCCUUUCCUGCGUGUUGUCUGCCAUUUCCAUUAGGAGUUUGGGAAAAAUCCUCUCAGACUGACCCUUACUUUGCAUGUGGUGAUAGAGGGUCAGAUAAACACUUCUUCUGGAGAUACGGAUUUCUUUAUUUAAUCAUCAGGUUUCAGGAAGCCAUUCAUGUCUGUUGGGAAAAAUGGUGAUUAAAAGCACUUCCAAAACUAACAUUUUUGUCAAUUCAGAUGUGAAAAGAGCAUAAAUUAUCACACUUUACAUGUUUUCUUUUGUUUGUUUAAAGGCAAAUAAAUCAAGAAAACUUGAAGACACUAAACAUUUGAUUACUCCAAAUGUGCUUUAAAAUUGGCUCAAUGGUGCUUAUACAUAAAACAGUAACAAAUGGGGUUCCUAGGACUGUCAGAAGGAGUCUUUAAUUUGUGUGUAAUUACAUACUGAGGAGGAGGUGCUUUUAACCCCGUCUUUUAUUUUUUAAUCAUCUCAAAUAUGCAACCAUCCAUCCAGUAACAUUAAGGGUCAUAAACUGGUGAGAAAAAGGAAAUUCAAUGUAGAGGCUUAGAAUGCCUCUGGUUAGGGUGGGCUUUUCUCCCCUCUUCAGUUUUGAUGUUAUUGUUGAUGGGCGUCAACACUGAAGCUGCCGUGAUCAUUUUUCAGUGAUCGAGCUUUUAACUGGCAGGUGUUUUGAUCAUGAGGUUUGCAGUAUCUUGCCCUUGGAGACAAGUGAGAAACCUAGAUUCCUUCUUUUUCCCUAAAGGAAGAGUGAUCUCUAUAAUUAAACUAUACCUGUAAAUUGCCUCAACGUUCUUUUUUGGUCAACCGAAAUGAGACCCUUAAUGUUGCUUAAAUGUAAAAUUGUAUAUUUUUGUCUGUGAUAUACUUUAUUAAUUUAAAGUAAAUAAUAGUUCUAAAAGCCUUCACCGUCGGUAUUAAGAGAAAGUAGGAUUUUAAAAGUGAUGAUAAAGAUACUAUAAUGUCAAUUCAUUCCAGUCCAAUCGAAUGUGGUAAGAAAAAGACCUUAAAUAUUUCUCUAGGGACAAUUUCUCACUUGCCAUUGACAUUAAUCUUCGAUGUAAGCUCAGAAAAAAUAAAAAGAAAUUGAAACUGGUCCAAGGUUAGAGUCAUAUCCUUGAUAACUAUUUUUUUUAUUUUAUUAGGAAAUUAAUAAUAGCCUUUUUCAUUCUGGCUGAAAGAAAAUUAUUAAAGGAUUAGUUGAGUGUGAAAUUAAAUAGUAUUUUGCUCAUGCAUACUAAAAAGAUGGGCUAGGUACUUGAUGCGUUUAAACAAGUUUCUGAAAGGUUUCAAUUUGGUGCGAGGGAAAAAAAUUCAAUGUUUCCUUUGAAAAUACUGAAUUUAUCAAUGGCUGCAUGGAUCAGAUGGCAUAGGUUAAUCUUUGAUUUUCAGAAUCUUAAUGAAGUAACUUUCAAACAAUUUGUAUCCACGAUUAAAGCUGGAAUGAGAUCCAAUUUUUUCCCCUAAUCUCUCAGUUUAAGCUAAUAAAUGUAGGUUAAUGUGGAAUGAAAUCAUCUGUGAUAUAUUAUGUUUAUUUAUCAACUGAGCUUUUUUGAUGUUGCCUGUUUUUAUGUAAAACAUGUUCUUAAAGUUAAUAAAAUAAUAGUACUUGGUGUAUGAA